AUGCAGCAUCCAGGCAACCAGACACCCGACCAACAGGACUGGCAGCGUCAGAACGCCGGCGGCUACACCAUUUCGUCCGAGCUUCUUCCACACCACUACCACCACGACCACCACGACCAACACUACACGAGCGGCCCUUUAUUGGGCAGUCCGCUGGGCAGCACGCCGUACCAGCACUUUUCGCCGCGGCGUAAGCGGCUCUCGGGGCCAGACCAGGGGUGCGGCUCUGCGCCGCGGCGUAUCCGGCGACGGCUCUUCUUCCAAGACGGCUCGGACGACGCAGAGGCUCCUGAGGCCAUUGAGCGGCGCACGCAGGUGUCCAAGGCGGCAUUGCAGACGGCGCUAGGGAUAAUCCGCGAGUCCGUAGAGAUCGGCGAAUCACACAUUGAUCUGAGCGACCUCGGACUGGACGCCGUGCCGGAUGAGCUGGCGGAGCUAAAGGACCUCGUGGUAUUGACUCCCGGCCACACCCUGGCCAUAGACCUGCAAUUGACUUUGAGCUCCAACCGGCUGGCGCACUUCCCGCUGGCGGCCUGCGAGCUGACCAACCUGACGACGCUUAUUAUCUCCAAUAACCGUAUUGCGCAUCUGCCGCCGGAGAUCGCCAACCUGCGCGCCCUGCGCGAGCUCUCGGUGGCUAAUAAUCGGCUGCGGACGCUCCCUCUGGAACUCACACGGCUGCAGAACCUGCAGAUCCUCUCGGUGGUCAGCAACCCCCUGGACAACCCACCCGACGCAUGGCCCAAUGCCCUCCAUCUGAGCACCGAAGCAUGGCCGUACACCCUCAGCGUGGCUAACGCCGGGGUACCGAGGCUCAGCGAUUUGGCUGCUCGCCGGUUGACCCGGCCGCAGCUGGCUGCGCUGAAGCACCAGCUGGCCCAGUGCCUGGAGUCCACGCGCCCAGUGCUUGGUCGGAUCGUGGGCCCUGCGGUGGAGAAUUCUGGCGACGGGGUUUUGUCGGCGUUGAGGGCGCAGCAUUUAGCUUUGCCCGAGGGACAUUUGUGUGCGAGCUGCAGGGGGUGGUUUCUGGCGCCUGCUGCGGAAGUUAUAGUGUGGGCUCCGUUUCCGCCGUUGCUUGUGCGCCCAGUACCCUUUCGCGUGCGCCUGUGCUCGCGCAACUGCCUGUACACCGAAACAAUGGCUGCUAUGCUUCGAAAGGCAUAA